AUGAUCGGAGAUUGCAGCGAAAAGUCAGCAAUUAUUAUUGGUGCAACAUCAGAUAUUGGAGAAGAAAUGAUCUCUCGACUUAUGAAAUAUAAUAUUUCAAAUUUAAUCAUUACUGGUCGUGAUUCAAACCACUUAGAAAAAAUUGCGCAAAAAUACCAAGGCAAAUCAACAAAAAUUCAUACAAUUGAAGUUGAUCUAUCAAAAGAAAAGAACAUCUUAGAGUUUGAACAAAAAUAUAAGCCAUUUUCAGAUAUAAAAAUAGAUUAUUAUCUUUUUUGUCCCGGAACCUGCGGUGCAAUGGAUCAAGUUUCAUAUCUACAGAUGAAAUACGAUAUUUCUAAGGUAAUAAACAUCAAUUUUCUUUCAGCAGUCACUACUUUCGAAGCAAUCUCACCAUCUUCGCACUGUUCUGCAGUUUUUGUAUCCAGUACUAACUCUUUUCAUCCACUUGAAUGCGGAACAGGAUAUUGCACAACAAAAGCCGCACUUUCAGAAUAUUCAAAAUUAAAGGCCAAAGAACUUUUAAAUUCGGGUGUUAGAGUUAAUAGUAUAGCUCCUGGAUUAAUUGCUACUAAGUUCCAUGACAAUUACUUCGAAUCCAAAGAAGAAUUAACUGCUUUCUUCCAAGAACACGUUAAAACAACUGUUUUAGGUAGAUUAGUGUCUAUAGAUGGCGUCGCAAAUACAAUUGAGUUUCUUUUCUCAGAUCUCUCGAAAGAUGUAACUGGAACUCAAUUUGUCAUUGAUUGCGGCGAAACAUUGUUUCCUGAUAACGAGGAUGACGAUGAGGAAGAAUCUUCAACUCAAGAUGACUGA